GCCAUUGGCUGUCUGUGAUAGUUAAUCCAGAAUGCUGGGAUUCAUACAAGUAGGAUUUAACCAUAACCAUGAUACCAACAUCUGUCAGGACCUCGCCUCGAGCUCCCAAACCCAGACGUUACAAAAGCGGAAUAUUUCUGUCUUGCUGUUUUGAUAAAAGAGGGAGAAGCAGCAGAUUCUGAACAUAAGCUGAAACCAUGGGGAAGACGGGGAGUAAAGUCCUCAGAGAAACCUCAGUGGACGGGGUUCAAGCCCAGCCUCCUCCUGCUGCUCCUGCUCCUGCUCCUGAUCCGGAUCCUGCUUCUUCUCCUUCUCCUGCUGUCGUUAAAUUCGAAGGACUCACUAAAACUAACAAGAUGAAGGUGAAAUGGACACAGCUGGGUUUGGUCUUCUUUCUGGUUUUGUCACUGGUGAUGACGGGAUGCUUCUUCUGGCAGUACCAGCUGCCCAAACUUCUGCCAGAUGAAGGAAUGGGUCGCAACGCCAAAGCAGAGAUGAUUUGUCCUCGGUUCCCCGAGGCUCUCCAGCUGGAGCAUCCUAUCGCCAGCCUGAAAGAGGCCCUGGAAAAGGUGGACGUUUUGCUUCGUCAGAGCAUCAACCCCAUCAGCCUUCCCUCUCUGUCGGCCAUCGUGAUCUUAAACGACACGGUUUUAUGGACCGGCAACUUUGGAAAAAGGAAUGCCAGUGACCCUCUGUCAGGACCCCCGAAUGAGUACACAAUUUACAGAAUUGCGAGCCUAUCUAAGAUCUUCCCCACGCUGAUGCUCUACAAGCUGUGGGAGGAUGGGAAGAUCGGCUCCCUGGAUGACCCUCUGGAAAAAUAUGUGGACAACUUCACCAUCAAAAACCCUCUGGGAAGGACGCGAGACUCUGAGCUGAAAUACGUGACCGAUGGCCUGAUAUUUUUGGACAGCGGGGAGGUUCAGAUCCGCUCCUCCUCAGUCACCUUGCGCAGGAUGGCCAGCCAGCUCUCAGGUCUACCCAGGAGACUCCGGGCCACAAGUCUGCUUUGGAAAGGAAAAACCCAGACUGCAAUCAAUCUGCUGCAAGACGAUGUCCUCGUAGCAGACCCAGGCACUAAAUGUCACUACAGCAACCUCGCCUUCUCACUGCUGGCUCAUGUGAUGGCAGAGCGCGUGGUCGCCGUCGACUACCAGCGGUGGAUCACAGACAACAUCCUGGACCGGCUGGGGAUGGAGGACACCGGCUUCGACAUCACCCCGGGGCUCCAGGGCCAGAUGGCUGUGGGAGUGUACUCCAACGGAAAGCCGGCCCCGCUCUACGACCUGGGCUGGUACCGGCCUUCGGGUCAGAUGUUCUCCACGGCUGCAGACUUGGCCAAGCUCGCCAUGAUGCUGCUGGGCGCUUAUCACCGCAAGAUGCUGGAGCCAGACUCGUUGAAGAUCAUGCUUACCCCGCUCUUCAGGUGCGAUAAGGACUACUUUGCCAACCGCACUGGGACGCCGUGGGAGGUGAAUGAACUGAUGGGCUACGAGAUGGUGCGUAAAGAUGGCGAUCUGGACGGCUACUCUGCCACCUUCUCCCUGGUGCCCAGACUGAAGCUCGGUCUGGUGGUGCUAAUGGCUGGCAGCCGGUCUCAGAACCAGGACUUGGUCACCAAGGCCUACAACCACAUCAUACCAGCUGUAGAAAAAGCCUUUAGGGAGGCCAAGAAGGUCCUUUAUCCUCCGCCAAAGCCAGAACCUUUCAUCGGCUUUUUCACCUACAGCAACAUCACCUUUUACGAGAUCAAAGUUGGGCCGGACGGAGUUCUGAUCAUGCAACAGUUUGGGCCUCAGAUUGAAGAGCUGAUCCCAGAGAAGUACAGGACAAUAAAGUUAAACUACCUGGUCGACCGGGUGUUCCGAGUGGUUUUUGAAAGGGAGUACCCUUGUGUUUUGAAAGUCGGCACGGCCUCAGUGUCCCUGGAAGCCCAAGAUGGCCAAUUAUUUAACUUCUACACAUUUGACAAGAGCGGGUUGUCCACUGGUUUUGAUGCACCAGGAUUAAACACAUACAAUGUGGUGAGAAUAGCCCGCAGGCCGUCCUUCGCGACAUGAACUGCAGCGAUGCUGCGACCUAAAGACAAAUGGUAUGUCCUUGGGAUGUAAGGGGCCGUAAACAAAAAGGACGCUGUGAGUAUUGCAAGACCAA